AUGGGUGAUACCUUGAUUUUAAAAUCAAUUAAUGGACAAAGACUAACAGAUAAAUUAAUUAUUUCAUGGUUUGAUGCUAAUGAAAUUUUUAUUACAAAAAAAGUUUUUUCUGAUGAUCGGUAUUCAGUUGAAAUUACUUUUGUUGAUGAUGAAAGGGCUGAUAUGUUAUCUGAUUUAUUGAAGACUUGUUAUAGUGAUUAUAUAUCAGUAGGACGUCCUCAAACGUUGGUACAAUCAUUAGAUAAUUCAUUUGAUGAUGAACGUGUACCAUCACCUGUUCAUCUUUCUUCAGCAUCAUCAAUUUCAUCAAAAGUUUCUUGUUUUUCACAACGACUUGUUGCAUUAGGUAACAAAAAAAAUGAUAAUCAAAUGAAACCUGCACUUGGUCGUGGACGAGGCAUUGAUGCUGGUUUAUCACAAAUUGAAAUGCCAAUAGAAAAGGAAAUAAGUAGUGAUGAUGAUAAUGACUCAAUAAUCAAUACUAGUAAUAUAACAUCACCCAUAUCGUCGAUAAUAGAUAAUGGUGAGAUUUAUUUUGAUAAUUAA